UUUUUUUGAGACUGGGAAUAUUUUUCUGUAUUGCGUUUUUUGCUUUACAAGUGAAAAUUUGUAAAAACUUCAUCGCUGGUGCUUGAAUAUAUAAAAAUAUUUUAUUUUGCUUACCAAUACAUUUGCAACUGUGUUAACUAAUAAUAAAUAGUAAACCACAUAAAAGGAGCAGGUGUGGAGUGGAUAGUGACUAAAAUAGGCAGUACAACAACGCCAAGGAAGGCAUUUCGAUGCUAAGGAUCCGCAUCAAAAUGGGUCCACAACAGCGUAAUAAGGAAUGGACAUGCUGCUUUGGUUUGCAUGUCCACACCGCCACCAUAAUGAUUGGCUUAUGGCAUUUGUUUUUAAAUAUAUUGGCACUCAGUCUACUCGCUGUAAUAUGGCGCAAUCCGCACAUGAUGGAGGAACUCGAGAGUGGCUACGACUAUACAGUAGAUUUGAAUGCGCCCGCCUUGCCCACACCGCUCAGCAAAGUGGAUCCACCCUAUCCAUAUCGCGAUCACUCAUUCAGCUAUCGCAAACAAUACCAAAACUUUGAUAUGGGCGGCUUAGUUUGUACCUGCAUGAUCGCAAUUACUUUGAUGAUGAUCUAUGGCACAUUAAAGGGUAAACCCUCACAUCUGUUGCCAUUUUUCUGCUUACAACUAUUCGAUUUCGCAAUCACUACUCUCACCGCUGCUGGCUACAUUUGCUAUCUACAAGCCAUACACCGUCUAAUAGCUGAAUCGCAUCGCCUGCCUUGGCGCGAAAAGUUGCUUGAGAUGUCACAAGAGGAAUUGAUGGUCAUUGUUUUGGUUGUUUUUAUUUGCAUUGUAUUUUUGAAGGCUUAUGCCAUAGGUAUUGUAUGGCGUUGUUACAAAUAUCUUACACUUCGUCAGCAAAAUCUACGUACGCUACUGCCGUGCGUUAUGCCCGAAUUGGGUGGUGCCGGCUUGGUGGGUGAAGAGCGCGGCUACACAACACUCUUGCCAAAUUAUGAUGAGGCUAUUGCACAGUAUAUGAAGCAGGCACCACCACCAUCUUAUCAGGUGGCUAUGUCCAAUUAUCAGCGCGUCAAUGCUGAGGUGGACAAUGCAAAUAAUGUGAUUGUUGCGGGUGCAGCAGUGGUGACCGCUGACGAUACGUUGGACAACAAUAAUGAUACGCCGAACAACAAUAACACAGUGCAUGUGAAUGCCAACACACCGCCAAUGCGGCGUAAUGAGGCGGUGGCUGAGGGCAAUGAGGCUAUCGUCGUAGCAACGGUUGAGUUGGAGAAUGCCGAUACGGUUUCUGCUGUUGCUACUGCUGCUGCUGAACAUGUAAGUGAAUUGACGCCACCACCACCCUACUUAGAUGGAGCCGCCAGGGUUAGUGGUGUAAACGGAGAGCAGCGCAUUGUGCAGGUGCAGCCACAAUCGCCACAACGUCAAGCGGACAAUAGAAAUGAGAGUCAGGCUUAAGCGGGUAGUUGAGGGAAGACGCGUUGCACCUGAAUUUAUAAGAGUGUGGAGUGUGAUUGACAGAGGGGUUCAUUUAUGCAGAACAUUGGAAUAAAAUUUUGAUUAAUCCUAGUUAGUGGACGAGUUUUUCUUGAAAACGAGUAAGAAAUAAAUGCGUAUUUUUGGCUGAGGUUUUGAUGUUUUAAGUUAAAAACUUUUUUUUCUAUAGACACCGCACAAAGUUAAAAAGAGUGGAGAGUUUUGAAUAUUUAUCUCUUACAAGUUUUUAACGAUUUUUAAAACUAAAUUUCUUAACUUUAAUUCUUGUAAUUUUUUUCGGCCUAAUUUGUUUUCUUGCUUAAUUAUAAGUGCAACCGUUUCGAAGAUGAUAAAUGGGUACGCAACUUGAAGUUUUGUAAAAACGUAGUCAAAAUGUGCAUUUUUUAUAACAAUUUCCAACUUUUACAAGAAUUUUUUUUCUAAAAAUUUCACUCAAUUAUUAUUCUUUUAUAUUUUUCUCAGUGUUUUUGUAAUUGUUGUAAAUUUUAGACGAUGUCUUUUAGUUAAAUUUCUUGAUAUGAAUAGAAUUUGUUUUUCGGAUGAGAAGCGGCACACUUUGUAUGCAACUACUGGCAACGCAGUUUCCGCUUGCUCAUCUAUUCCACCCCCCUUGAUGCGGGUUCAUGGCCGGCCCUAAAAGCGAGGCUGUGGGGUACUCUAGCAGAAAUGAGAGGAGAGAGUUUCAUAUCAUAUCAAAUAUGGGCGAGCCUCCAAAACACGUACAUACGUUUUUUUUGAAGAAUGUUUUUUUAAUGAAGAAUUUUUUAUUUUCGAAUUUUAAUUUUCGCUAAGCACAUCGAUUACACUGUGGGCAACAAACAUUUACUUCACUUUUUUUCGAAAAACCAAAUUCUCAACAUGGUUACAUUUAGCCACAAAAAGGUGUUUUUAAGAAUAAGCAGCAAUUAAGAUUUUUGCAAAAGGGCAGAGUAGCAGCCAAUGAGUUAAAAGAAACAUACAUUUUUAAUGAAAAUAUUAAAUAUAGUAAAAUAAAGGUAAACAGAUUUUAAAAAAUAAAAUUACUAAUAUUAAAUAAUUAAUACAAUAAAAAAUGUAUCCACUGAAAAAAAACGCUAAAAAUAAAUUAAGAAUUGUUAAAGAUUUAACACAAAACUACAAACUACAUUAUCAAGUGCUAAAAGAUGCAUAGCAAAAAGCAAAAAAAAAAAAACAACAAAAAAUAAGUAAAUUAAUAAGGAAAAUUACCAAC